GAGGGCACAGAGUCACACAAUGUUCUCUCUCUCUCUCUAGAUCUAAAGCUAUACAUACAUGCUCGCUAGUGCUCUCUCUUUCUUUCUCUCUCUUCAACUUUUCAUUCCGUUUUUGAAUGAACGUUUAGGCUAGAUUUCAUCGCCAAAUAUAUAGGAAAUAACCCAUUUUCCAGCUAUAUUUUUUAAAAAUCUUUUAAGUCGUUGUUCUGUAAUCCAUCAAAGAUUCCAUUUAUAAUUAUAAAAAUAAGCCGUUUACAUUUCUUGAACCAUCCCUUUUGUGCUCAUCAAAUCUAAGGCUCUAACUUGAAAUUGAUUUCUGGGUUUUGUUUAAUUUUUUUGUCUGGGGUUUCUAAAGUUUCAUUGGUUUUUUGAUCCAAGAAGUUUGAGUCUUGAGUUGGAAAGUCAACAUUUUGUGGCAGUUUUCGAUCUAACCUUUGUUGAUUGCUGAUAUUGAUUCAUUGUUUAGAUGCUUUCGGGAUAAAUAUGCAGCCUGAUGAGAGAAAAAAGGGGUCUGUGGAUGUGGAUUUCUUCACACAAUAUGGUGAAGGAAGCAGAUAUAGAAUUGAGGAAGUGAUUGGUAAAGGUAGCUAUGGUGUUGUCUGCUCUGCAUACGACACUCAUCUUGGGGAAAAAGUUGCAAUUAAAAAGAUUAAUGACAUUUUUGAGCACGUCUCUGAUGCAACACGUAUACUUCGGGAGAUUAAACUUCUUAGGCUUCUUCGUCAUCCAGACAUUGUGGAAAUCAAGCAUAUUUUACUGCCUCCUUCUAGAAGGGAGUUCAAGGAUAUAUACGUAGUUUUCGAACUAAUGGAAUCUGAUCUCCACCAAGUCAUUAAAGCAAAUGAUGAUUUGACCCCUGAACAUUACCAAUUCUUUCUUUAUCAGCUUCUUCGAGGCAUGAAGUACAUACAUACAGCAAAUGUUUUUCACCGUGAUUUGAAGCCCAAAAACAUUUUAGCAAAUGCUGACUGCAAACUAAAGAUCUGUGACUUUGGCUUGGCAAGAGUAGCCUUUAAUGACACUCCUACUGCUAUAUUUUGGACAGAUUAUGUUGCAACGAGAUGGUAUCGGGCCCCUGAAUUGUGUGGAUCAUUUUUCUCAAAGUAUACACCUGCAAUUGAUAUAUGGAGCAUUGGUUGCAUAUUUGCUGAACUUUUGACGGGCAAACCUCUUUUUCCUGGAAAAAAUGUGGUUCAUCAAUUAGAUCUCAUGACUGAUCUGUUGGGUACCCCGCCACCAGAAACCAUUGCAAGGAUAAGAAAUGAAAAAGCCAGGAGAUACUUAAGCAGCUUGCGAAAGAAGAAGCCUAUUCCUUUCUCUCAUAAGUUUCCAAAUGCUGAUCCCCUUGCUUUACGCUUAUUAGAAAGGAUGCUUGCCUUUGAUCCGAAGGAUCGACCUUCUGCAGAAGAGGCUCUUGCGGAUCCUUACUUCAGGAACUUAGCCAAAGUUGAGAGAGAACCUUCUGCACAACCGGUGACAAAAAUGGAAUUUGAGUUUGAAAGACGAAGGAUAACCAAGGACGAUGUGAGAGAGUUAAUAUACCGAGAGAUUCUUGAAUAUCACCCUAAAAUGUUGAAAGAAUUCUUAGAGGGAGCUGAACCUACAGGAUUUAUGUAUCCGAGUGCUGUCGACAAAUUUAAGAAGCAAUUUGCAUCUCUGGAAGAGCACUACGGAAAUGGGACUACUGCUCCACCUGAGAGGCAGCAUUCAUCAUCUUUGCCCAGACCAAGUGUAUUACACUCGGAUAAUUUGACACAGAAUUCUGCUAAUAUGACAAAUGAUCUAUCCAAAUGUUCCAUUAAGGAAGUUGAGAAGCCACAGGUGGACCGGAUGUCUGGACUUCCAAGGUUUCCUCCCCAAGUUCCUCAAAACGUCCCAGGGGGUGCUGCAAGGCCCGGGAAGGUCAUUGGCUCUGUUUUUCGUUACAACAAUAGUGCAGCAGCCACAGCAGAGGCCAAUGAACAUCGAAAAAUGGUUAGGAAUCCCGCAAUACCAACACAGUACAUUGUUCCCGGCUCAUCUUACCCAAGAAAGUACCCGGGCUGUAAGAAUGAAAGGGGAGAUGGUACUGAAGGAUCCAAUGGGGUCCAGCAGAAACCCGACAUGUACAUGGCUAGGAAAGUAGCAGCUGCUCAAGGGGGGUCAGGAAGUCAGUGGUAUUGACUCUGUGAUAUGACUCUGGUCGACUGAGAUGGAUACAACUUGAUGGUUCGCUCAUAACCGAGCUCUUCCAUGAUUAAUUGGUAGACUGUAAAUUCAUCUCGUGUGACAGACUUUAGCAUUCCUGUAUUCCUAUCAGGAGGGCUCCAAAAAAGGCAAAAUACGCAACUAACAUGAAUCAAUGCUUCCAAGUAUGAGAAGACGCAUGGAUUCUAAUCCAUGAUUUUUCUUCUGUUAUCCAAGAUCGAAGUGGUAGAUUUAUAGAACAAUCUGAGGCUGAGGAAGCAUCCAACUGGUAACAUUCACUUGUUUUUGUUUUCUAUGUUGACAUUCUUUACUCCCGUGACUUAAAAAGGCUGAUCUAGUGUACAAGUGGCUGUAUCAUUUGUGACCAUGUGAAAUCGGUUUGGACAAAGCGAUGACUUUCAUCGUCUAAGAUAAGGUUUUGCUGUAUCGACCAUGUUGCUGCUUUCAUUUGUAUUAACGUAAUGUUCCGGUAGUUGUAUAACUAUUAAAACGUUUAUUGGACUAUAACUGCUACUUCGAAAUUGUAUGAAAAUGUAGUUCUCUAGUUUUUCUAUACGCGGAUGCUUCUUGUUUC